AUGAAAUUGAUCUUUUCCUCUACUUUCCUUUUCACUCUUGCCGUGGCCACAGCCCAAGAAAAGGCCCAAAGCCUCCGCAAGUUGCAACAAUCCGAGCCCAUUAACUUCCAAGGAGAUGGAUGCAUGAGCUACGACCCUAGCGACAGCGAUUGGGUUACAUUGCCUUACGAUGAUGACUACGACCAUCUAGUCGCCAUGGGAUUUCCAUUCACCUUUGGUGCAACUACCUAUACCGAUAUCUUGAUCAAUUCCAAUGGGCACCUUCAUUUUGAUUUUGGCAGCUCCGAUGAGUGGCACUAUGCUGCAGAUGGCUUUGUUUCCGCUUCGGAUAUCUCAAUCGCACCCUUCCAGGCGGAUGUCAACAACGUUGUUACGGGCCAUAUCCGAUACAAGCUUGCUGGAGACAAUGUCGCCGUUGUUUGGGAGGAAGUCGGUCACUAUCUCGGAACCGCUGAUAAUACCAACUCUUUUGAAGUUGUUCUUUCCUCUAACGGCUCCAACGACCCAAAGAUCUGUUUCUGCUAUGACAAGAUGGGUUGGGCACUCGACGGCAACAGCCCACAGCUUCCGGGAGAAGUUGGUAUCAGCAUAGGAAGCGGUUCAGGCUUUUUGCUUGGAGACUUCUCCCAGACUGAUGCAACCUGGAACGGUAUUGGUUCAUCAGACAAUGGCGUUGGAUAUUUGACUGGCAAAUCCUUUUGUUUCAACCCGGACAUUGUGAAUUCUUCAAAUCCAUCAAAAGAGAUCAUCUCCACUUUUGGUCCUGGAACAGGUGGCGAUCCUCAUUUCAAGACAUGGCAUAACGAGCACUAUCAGUACCAUGGGCAGUGCGAUCUUGUCCUGGCCAAGGAUGCCACCUUUGCAAAUGGACUUGGCCUUGAUAUUCACAUCCGAACCAAGCUUGUCCGACAUUGGAGUUACAUCAAGACUGCUGCCAUCCGCAUCGGCAAUGACAUUCUCGAGAUUGAAGGUUCUGGCAAGGGUCUGGACAAGGAAGUUCGCUACUGGUUCAACUACGAAUACCAAGGAGACCUCACCGAGUUUGCUGGCUUCCCCGUCACCAUCAAGGCCGAUGGAAGCAAGCUUCAGAAGAACCGCAUCGACAUCGAUCUGAGUUCCAAGUACCCGGGUCAGAAGGUCACCAUCUCUAGCUUCAAGGAGUUCGUCAAGGUCGACUUUACCAACCCUACUUCCAAGGCAUUCGGCAACACUGUCGGUAUGUUGGGAGACUUUGAGAGUGGCAAGACCCUCGCCCGUGAUGGCGCUACUGUCCUUGAUGACUACACUGAUCUCGGACGCGAGUGGCAAGUCCUUCCUACCGAUGCCAUGCUCUUCCAUGAAUCAUCGUCUGCGCCUCAAUUCCCCGAGUUGUGCAUUGAGCCAGAAGAUCCUCGUGGUGAUCGUGCGCGUCGCUUGGGUGAGUCUUCCAUCACCGAGGAACAAGCCGAAGCUGCUUGUGCUAGACUGAAGGACGGAUUGGACCGCAAGGAUUGCAUUUAUGAUAUUAUUUCCACUGAAGACAUGGACAUGGUCGGCGCCUACUAA